AUGGCGACAUCACUCUCUACGGUUUCUCCAAUCAACUUUGCAUCACCCAGAAAAGUUAUCAAUCAUUUGGAAGGUGCUCGGACGUCGGGAUGCUUCUACACGCAGCCAUCUGAGCGCCAAUCAAACGUUGCACUUGGGAUGGCGGCGGUGGCCCUUGCAGCUUUGGCUUUUCCAAGAAAUUGUGUGUCUGAGACGCUGUCAGAAGCUACACAAGUGGUGGAAGGAAAAAAGAGUGUGUCGACUAAGACACAGCUCGAAUCGACGAGAGUCGGAGUAGGACGCCGCUCGUUGCUUAAGCAGCGCAGUAAAUAUCAGGCCAAGCUAGAGGAAGUGGAUCAAUUGAAGAUGCAUCUGGACGAAUAUAAACAGUCACGAGAAAGCAUGUAUUCGCUGUUUCAACGGUUUGACAUGUAUGCGAGCGAAAACGUGGAAUCUGGUGAUGGCAAACGCGUGAAGGUGAUGACCUUCACCGACUUUCUGCACUCAAUUGUGCUGCCGCAGUUCCAUCUACGAUCACCGCGUCUAGAUCUGUCAUACACUUGCGACUUUGUGGGAAAUGCCAACGGACUCAUUACGUACGAGGAAUAUUAUCUGCUUAUCCAUUUGCUGCAAAUUCCAAAAGAACACUUCGAGGUGGCUUUUUGCAUGUUCGAUUUGGAUAGUGAUGGGAUGGUGGACAAGGCAGAGUUUUGUUCUGUGAUCGAAAAUUUGCUACGAUCUAUCAAUGAUCACGAAGCCAGGGAAAAAAAUAUAGCCUCUGCUGAGAGCUCGCUUCCACGGCUAACGAAAUUUUUGUUCGGGCGUUUCAAAAAAACAAUCUCUGCCAAAGAUCUUGAAGCGGCACUAAAUCUGUUGCGUACGAAAAUCUUGAGGUUCGAAUAUGACAUGUAUGCCACUGUAGACCAGUUGACGAAGCAGCAAAGCAUGUCGGUUCAUGAUUUCGCGCUUACUUUGAUAUCAUGCUUUGACCCGGAGAAGCUACCUCCUUAUCUCGAACGCGUUCAGGCGCUUACUGAGAGUGAUGGAGCGGUGACGUGGGAUGAUUUUUUUACUUUUCAUUUUAACGUGCAGAGCAACUUGACUGACAUAAAAGCUGCACUGGAACUUAUUGGUGUUGACGAGAUCAAGGAAGCGGAUUUUACUCGUGCAGUUCGGGUUGCAAGCGGCACUGAACUUUCUUCUCCUGUCGUGCGGCUUGCAUUCCGCAUUUUUGAUGAAAACGCAAGUGGAACUUUGAAUCAAUCUGAACUCUUGAAGGUACUGGAGAUGCGCAAUAAGGUACAACUUAAGCAGGACUCAAAGUUAGAAUCGCGUUUGAAAAAAUUCUGGCACUGUGUUCGAGUGAUCGAAAAGAAAUGA